AUGUAGAUCGCUCUCUCAGGAUCAUUUCUAAUACCUAUUUGUUGGAUGAAUGUUUGCUUAAACCUAUCAAAUAGCUGGAUGAAAUUUUAGAUACAAAAUGCUAAAUAUCUCAGUGAUUACAACAGACUUGCUGAAAAAAGCACAUAGGAAUCCACCGAAUCCGUAGAAUCCACCGAAUCCAGAGACCUAUAAAUCGUGAUCUUCCUCAAAAAGUAAAUGGGAAGUGAAAUAUUCUGGAGCAACGGUAUUGCCAGAAUUAUCUCAGGCUUUACUGCCAAAUGA